CUCUUAUCUACAUGGACUGUUUUGCUUGUUAAAUUUCUAACAUCACUUCAGCAGAGUUUUGUAUUUGACUUCAGGCCUCAUGGCCAUUUGACCCGCCAACUAUUAUUUUCUUUGAGGCUUUUAACACUCCACCCAAGUAUUUUGCUUUCCAGCAGUUGUGUCCGCUUCCUUUUCAACUUCACCUUAUCGUGGGCCGUGGUUUACAACGUUGGCUUAACGUGUACCCUCUAAGGUUUCAGACAGGCCCGGGCCAUCGCGGUGAUGACCUGAAGUUGAUACUGCUUGGGAAAGCCAAAGUCUCCCAGAGGGUCUCAGCUUUGUGCCAGGAUUUCCAUGCAACCUGAGAGUCUCCGGGCUAGGUCCAGACCCAAAGCGUCGUCUCCGGGGAGUCCCAGCCACCUCUCCAAGCCAACCCUAAGGGCUGCGACUUCACAACCGGAAACGCCUCCCUUUCCAGCCUCUGAGUCCUUCCCUAGGCGGACGAAUCGCGGAGGAAAAGACGGAGGCCGAUUAAGAAAAUUAACACUAAUUCACCGGGUUCACCCUCCCGCCCCAGGGCGGAGGGGCGGGACGUGCUGCGCAGGCGGCCCGAAUGACCGACGGGCGCAGGUGUCUCUACAGGCGGAAUUUUACGCUCGCGGCCCCGCAGCUGCGCCACUUGCGCCCCACGGUGCAUCUGGGGCAGACGCCACCCGCCUCCUCAGCUUUAGGUCUCCCCUCGCCCUGGAAGGGAUUGGAUGAUGUAACCCCCUCUCCAGGAAGCCCCACGUGGCCGUGAGCUCAACCAGGUGUCUCGGACCCCAUUUCAUCUCAGAGCCACUUCUGAGCCACUCAAGGAAAAUGAUGUGACAGUUCCUAGCCAGAAGGACUUCGGGGGAACGUUGAACAUCUGUGCAGAGAGUGGCCCCUUUCCCCUUUGGUGAAAUAGACAAUUCUCAAAUUCCAAAAUGCCAGCCAAGACCCCGAUCUACCUUAAAGCUGCCAACAACAAGAAAGGGAAGAAGUUCAAGCUGAGGGACAUCUUGUCUCCUGACAUGAUUAGUCCCCCCCUGGGAGACUUUCGCCACACCAUUCACAUCGGCAAAGAGGGCCAGCACGACGUCUUCGGGGACAUUUCCUUCCUUCAGGGGAACUACGAGCUUCUGCCUGGCAACCAGGAGAAGGCCCGCUCGGGCCAGCUGCCCGCGCACUACGAGUUCCUGCGGGCCAACAGCACCUCGGACUCCGUGUUCUCCGAAACGCCCUCCCCCGUGCUCAAAAACGCCAUCUCCCUCCCCACCAUCGGAGGGUCCCAAGCUCUUAUGUUGCCCUUAUUGUCACCGGUGACAUUUAAUUCCAAACAGGAGUCCUUUGGGCCACCGAAGCUGCCCAGGCUCAGCUGCGAGCCCGUCAUGGAGGAGAAGGCUCAGGAGAAAAGCCAUGUGCUGGAGAAUGGGACCAUCCACCAGGGAGAUGCCUCGUGGGGCUCCAGUGGCUCAGCAUCGCAGUCCAGCCAGGGCAGGGACAGCCACUCCUCCAGCCUGUCCGAACAGUAUGCCGACUGGCCGGCCGAGGACAUGUUUGACCAUCCCUCCCCAUGCGAGCAGGGGAAGGGAAAGACCAAAUCCCAGGAGUCCCUCUCUGACCUCACAGGUUCCCUCCUCUCCCUCCAGCUGGAUCUUGGGCCCUCGCUUUUGGAUGAGGUGCUGAAUGUCAUGGAUAAAAAUAAGUAACAGGAUGCCAGCUCUUUUCCUUUGGGGUAAAAGGUACCAAAAUAAACAAAAAAACAGAAACUCAGCUAACCACAGUUGAAGAGAAGAGCUUCCCUGGCUGUUUUUUUUUGCAGUUACGUGAUGCGUUUUCUAAAAUAAUUGUUCCUACAAAAUAUUUUUUUACCUGUUAUGCCCUGUUUGCAAAAACAGUUUAGAAAAAGCAACAACAAAAACCCUGUCCUGGCAAAAAGAGGAAAUGAGUCAGAACCCAUUUAUGGCGGGCACUGCUGAUUGAUGUUCAGCUAACAUUUUUUUUGGUUUGCAGACGCAUAAGAAAUCUGCCUUGGCCAGGAUUGGCACUAGCUAUGGAGAGCUGAGCAAGUCACACUAAGAAACUUCACAGUACUCCAACAGUUUAUGAGUUAAGAGAAAGUCCAAAUUUUAACACCUAAGCCUUUUUUUCUAGACUCUUUUGUAUAUGAUAUUGUUUGGGCUCAUGAUAGCAAAUUCUCCAGUGUUAAAACUUUUCUCUGUUUUCACAUUUGAGCAAUUUUAUGGGUUUGGGGGAUUUUCUUGUAGUUCUUAUAUAUCCCUUAUAUAUUAUAUCUAUAUUGCAAAAUUUUGACUGUCAGCUACAUGUUGGUAAGACACAAGCAAGGUAUUACUGUAACUAAGUUAUUUUUAAAGUUAAAAUAUAUUUUUAUGUGCCUUUGGCUUUUUAUUGCAGAGUCUACAUUUUAUAGAUAACACAUCAAAUGUCAUUUGACUUGUUUCCAUUAGGGUUCCAUUGUAAGCUGUGUAUGUGUGAGUUUAGACAAGCAUAUUCAUUCUUGGCUUUUUUUUUUUUUUCCUUCGUCUGUUACCAUACUUCUAACAGCAGCCAACAACGGAUUUUAAAGUGUAAAGGCACAGUUACUCAUGAUGCUUCUGCAGAGACUGUGGGCUACACCACGUAAUGCUAUUUGGAAAUAUGAGUAUUUUAGUACAGUACAUACUUGCAUUACUUAGGUACUUCAUACAACACAAUAAAGAGUAAA